AUGGAUGAAGAGUACGAUUGCAUUGUGCUGGGCACUGGUCUCAAGGAGUGCAUCCUGUCGGGCAUGUUGUCCGUUUCGGGUAAAAAGGUGUUGCAUGUCGACCGAAACAAGUACUACGGUGGCGAGUCGGCGUCCAUCACACCGCUUCAGGAGCUGUUCCAGAAGUUUGGUGUGCCAGAGCCGGACGAAAAGGAGCACGGUCGUGGCCGUGACUGGAACGUUGACUUGGUGCCCAAGUUCUUGAUGGCCAAUGGCCUACUGGUCAAGUUGCUCAUACACACGGGCGUAACACGUUACCUGGAGUUCAAGUCGGUCGAGGGUAGUUACGUGUACAAGGGCGGUAAGAUCUACAAGGUACCUGUAGACCAGAAGGAAGCGCUGUCCUCAGACUUGAUGGGUAUAUUUGAGAAGAGACGGUUUAGAAAUUUCCUGAUUUUUGUACAAGACUUCCAGGAGAACGAUCCGAAAACAUGGAAAGACGUUGAUCCGCAGCGUAUGUCCGCUUUGCAGCUGUACACAAAAUUCGGUUUGGACAAAAACACCCAGGAUUUUACAGGUCAUGCAUUGGCACUAUAUUUGAAUGAUGAAUACAUUAAUGAACCUGCCGCUAACUUGAUCAGACGCAUCAAGUUGUACAGUGAUUCGUUGGCUCGUUAUGGAAAAAGUCCAUACCUGUAUCCGUUGUACGGACUUGGAGAGUUGCCUCAAGGUUUCGCUCGUCUCAGUGCCAUCUAUGGUGGAACUUAUAUGUUGAACACUCCUGUUGAUGAAAUUGUUUUUGAAGGAUCGAGUGUUGUUGGCAUUAAAAGUGAAGGUGUCGUAGCAAAAUGUAAACAAGUAUUCUGCGAUCCGUCUUAUGUCAAAGACCGUAUUAAAAAAACGGGACAAGUAAUUCGUUGUAUAUGCUUGUUAAACCAUCCAAUACCAAAUACUCGUGACGCAUUAUCAACUCAGAUUAUUAUACCGCAGAAUCAGGUCAAUCGUAAAUCAGAUAUAUACGUUUCAUUAGUGAGUAACACACACCAAGUUUCUGCUCAAGGAUGGUUUAUCGCUAUGGUGUCUACUAAGGUAGAAACAAGUAAUGCAGAAUUGGAGAUCAAACCCGGUUUAGAUUUGUUAGGACCCAUUAAACAGAAAUUCAUAUACAUUUCUGAUUACUAUGAACCUAUUGAUGACGGAAAAGAUAGUAAGGUGUUUAUUUCAAAGUCGUAUGAUGCCACAUCGCAUUUUGAGACUACUUGUUUGGACGUUUUGGAUAUUUACAAACGAGCAACCGGAGAAGAAUUUGAUUUUUCAAAAAUUAAGUUGGAAAGUGAAGACAUGUAA